GGAACCUUAUCCCUUCCCAUCUCCUUCCCUUGUUUCUUCUCACCCUUCUUCUCCGCAACCAUGGGCAUCUUCACCUCGCAAUCUCGUCACCGGCCACAUCUCCCUCCUCCUCCUCCAACCCAGCUUCGCUCCUGGCACGGCACACGGUUACUCCUCCGGCACGCAGCAGCCAUCUGUAUUGGGUGCCAUGCUCAUACCUCAUCGAGGGGCGGCCGGCAGCAAGAUCCGUGAUGCUACUUUUGCACUGCUGCUGCGUCGACGGCGCCGUCGUGUGUUCUACCGGGGGAGGGACUGCUGGUGCUUCUAGGAAGCGGCGCCGCAGCUAGAGACGGCAACCGAUGAUGCGGCAACGGCCGGUGAUGCAGCGACGACGUCUUGACGGUGUGGCAACGGCCGAGGAUCCAGCGAAGGCAGGUCAGGGCGGCUUGCUUUCAAUCCCACGUACGAUUUUCCUUUUAUUCUUUCAAUCCCUAUCCGAUCUCUUCCCUUGAUUUAUAUAUAACUUCCCCCAUGAUCUCCGUCAUGUCCGUCCUCCUUGUAGCUUCGUUUCGGCUUUCUCUUCCAAUUCCAUUGGGCACAAAUCUUAUUUUUCCUUCAGGUCAAUAUUGAUUCUUGAGGCGGCUUAGUGACUUCAGAUUAUAGGCGUUAAUAAAUUGGUGGAACAGGAGCGAUGUGGUACUAUUUAUUAAUACUGAUAAGCAAAUAGAUCCUUUCUUUCGCAUGCGAGGCGGGACUAAUGGAAAUCAACGGAAACAAAAGGUGCACAACUGGCCCAGCUCGGCCCACGCACGAAAGUCAAAACUGCAACCCAUGCGGGGAUAUGUGGGGGAUGAACGUGAAGGACGGACUAAGAUUAAUACCACCUCAGAUAGAAAAAAAUAGAUGAGGCGAACGGACGGACGAAAUUACGGUGGUAAGAAGUGAUAGCCGCUUUAUUUUAUUAUUAUUAGGUAAAGAUAAAGAUAAAGAUAGGUCAAUAGGCAGCCCAAUAGGCUGAAUCAUAGGUGGGCCGACAGCUAAACAUGCGCCGGCCCGUUUAAUAGUAGCGUUGUGCCUGGGCCAGGGAGGACAGCACGCAUGCCGGCCCGACACGCUGUGUAGUUAGCAUGCCGUGCCUGGCUUGUAUAAUCCAGGCCGGGCCGUGCCGUGCCGGGCCAGCCCAUCUGGCCAGGUUUGGACAAAGAACACCCACCGACCCGAUGCCGACUAGAACGAGGGAAAAACUGAACCGAAACGAAACUCCGCUGAUGCAGGACUACCCUUCCCUCCUCCCGCACGGCUCUCCUCCCUCGCCCCGGCGCCUCCACUCCGGCAACCCGCCCUACCCGCCGCCAUGCCGACGCCGACGCCGACCGCCGGAACGCGGCCCGAAAACCCAAUCCCCACCGCGCGCGCCCACGCCGCCGGCUCACGCGCCUCGGCCGGGGUCCGCUCCGUCGCCCGCCUUGACGGCCCGACCGGGCCCACCACGCGCCGCCUCGGGCGCGCCCGUAUCCUGGUCGGUGCGGGCGGGGGCCUAUAUAAGCCCCUGGACGCGCGCCCGCCCGCGCCCAGGCGCUUCCCCUAUUGCGAUCGAGCCAGUUGCUGCGGUUAUGCGAAGAGGCGGUGCGGUUCCCCAGAAGCGCCGAGAUCGGAGGUUUUCGUUGGCGGCUUUCCCCGCUGGCAUUGGCUGCCGGAGGUCCCUGAAUCGGCGAACGACUCGAGCGAUUGUCGUAGGUAUUUUGGUUAUUAAAUGGCUAUUAUUGAAGCAUUGGAUAGAACACCGGCUUCUGUUACUGGGUCUUCUCCUGCAGUCAGUCCAGAAAACUUCAUCAAAUGUAUGAGGAAGUUUUAUCGGCACUGGAAGGAGGAUGAGACUGAGAUAUGGGGAUCUUCGUGUGCAAUUGCUGUUGCUACUCCUCCACCCUCUGAAGACAUUCGAUAUCAGAAAUCAUUAGCCUUGAGCACGUGGUUUUUUGGUCAUCAGUUCCUAGAAACUAUAAUGGUCUUUCUCAGUAGGCAGAUUCAUUUCCUGUGCAGCCAGAAGGACAGUGAUGUGCUUAAACCUUCGAAGAUGCUUGUUUCUAAAGAAGCCGGUGUUGAUAUCGUGUUGCAUAUACUGAAAAAGGGCGAUGAUGGAUCUGCCUUAAUGGAUGAGAUCAUACGUGCUGUAUGUGCGCAUUCUGAAUCAAACAAUGUUGUUAUUGGUCACUUAGCAAGAGAGAAGCCUGAAGGCAAGUUUCUUGAAGCAUGGUCUGAAAAGCUGCACAGAUCGAGGUUAAAGCUUUUUGAUGUGUCAAGUGGCAUCUCUGAACUUCUUGCUGUGAAAGAUGCCACCGAGAUUAUGUAUGUGAAGAAGGCUGCAUUUUUGGCUGCUUCGGUUAUGCGGAAGUAUGUAGUUUCUAAGGUGGAGAAGAUCAUAGAGGAUGAAAAGAAGAUAGCACAUUCAAAGCUGAUGGUUCUGACAGAGAAGAUACUACUUUCCCCAAUAAAUGUAGAUGUUAAACUGAAGGCAGAUAAUGUUGACAUAUGCUACCCACCUGUUUUUCAAAGUGGAGGCAAGUAUGACCUUAGGCCAUCUGCUUCUAGCAACGAUGAUGAUCUGCACUAUGAUUCUGGAAGCGUCAUCAUCUGUGCUCUGGGAGCCAAGUACAGUGGCUACUGCUCAAAUGUCGCAAGAACCUUCCUGAUUGAUUGUAAUGCAGAAAAAUGCAAUGCAUAUAAAGUCCUCCGUCAGGCGCAUGAUGCUGCUAUUGCUGCUUUGACACCAGGUAGCAAGUGUUGUUCCAGUUAUCAGGCUGCAGUUACUGUGAUCAGGGACCAAGCUCCUGAACUUCUUCCUUUCCUUACCAAGUCAGCUGGAACAGGAAUUGGCAUCGAGUUCCGUGAAUCUUGGCUGUCCUUGAGUGAGAAAAAUGGCCGGACGCUAAAGGAAGGGAUGAUUUUCAAUGUUUCACUUGGGUUUCAAAACCUUAUAGACAAGACCAACAAUGAGAAGACCAAGGAAUUCUCCCUAUGGCUGGCUGACACUGUUCUGGUCUGCAAGGAAAAUCCAAAAGUCUUGACAUCUUUUAUCUCCAAGGCUGACAGCGAUGCCUUCUACUUAUUUGAUGAGGAAAAUGCAGGAUUACCUGCUGUGAAACAAGCUCCGAAAGCAAACGUUAUGGUCCCGGUUAAACCAGUGCUAAAUCCAUUGAGAGAAAAUCUGCGAUCCCAUAGCAGGACACCUAAGGAGGAACUUAGGAAACAGCUUCAGUCAGAAAUCUUAAAGAAGAAAACAAGUGAGGCAGCAGUGAGAAGUGACGUUGCUGAUCAUAAGUUGUUGGAGGGGCUUGGUCGUUCCAGAGCUAUGGAUGAACUGGUUGCAUAUAAGAAUGCAAAUGAUGUGCCUGUUUCCAAUCGACUGGACAUUAUUCAGGUGGACAAACAGAAUGAGGCUAUCCUGUUACCAAUAUAUGGAGUUACUGUUCCCUUUCAUGUUUGUACCAUAAAAAAAGCAGAAAUUCGUGGGGAAAGCAGCAGUGGAGUUUAUGUCAGCAUUACAUUUAAUGUCCCUGGCACUGCUUCUGGUCUUCAAGAUCCCCGCUUGCAGAACCUUAUUUUUUUGAAAGCAGUCACCUUCCUCUCAAAAAACAGAAGUCAUGCUGAAGAGGUUAUUAAAUCGGUGAAGACUGUUCAAAAAGGAGUCACCGAAAGAGCUAGGAGAGCGAGCUUGGUUAGUCAGGAAAGGCUUCAACUAUGUGACGGAAUGAGCAGGGAUAGGAUUCAGUUUCCUGAUUUGUGGAUACGGCCAUCGUUUGGUGGCCGUGGGCGGAAGGUCGCUGGAACUUUGGUGGCCCAUGUCAAUGGUUUUCAAUAUUCUGCAUCGAAAACUGAAAAGGUGGAUAUUAUGUUCAGCAACAUAAAACAUGCCUUCUUCCAGCCAGCUGAGAGAGACAUGAUAACGCUGCUCCACUUCCAUCUGUACAAUGAAAUCAUGGUGGGCAACAAGAAGACUAGAGAUGUGCAGUUCUACACUGAAGUGAUGGAUGUUGUGGACGCGGUUGGUCUUAAGCGCCAUUCAGCACGGGACCCUGAUGAGAUUGAGGAAGAGCAGCGUGAUAGGGCACGAAGGAAGAAAAUAAAUGGACAGUUUGAGCUGUUUGUGAAAAGGGUUGUUUCCGUUUGGUCGCAGCCAAGAUUUCAGCAGCUCGGCUUACAUUUUGAAAGGCCAUCACAGAAGCUUGGCUUCAAUGGAGUCCAUGGCAGAACAACUUGUUUUAUAGUUCCUACUCCUAGUUGCCUGGUACAGCUUGUUGAGUCACCGUUUCUUGUGACUUCGUUGAGGGAGGUCGAGAUAGUAUGCUUGGAAAGGGUGGCCCUGGGGCAGAAAUCCUUCGACAUGGUGUUUGUAUUUCAAGAUUUAAAGCGAGAUGUUGUCCGCAUAGAGGUCAUUCCAAUGGCAUCUCUUGACAAGAUCAAAGAUUGGCUUAAUGACAGCAACUUGAAGUACUAUGAAUCAAAGCUGAACCUCAACUGGCGAAUGGUCCUCAAGAAGCUCGACGAGCCAGGUUGUGACACAAAUGACAGGUGGGAAUUCUUGAAUCCAGAUGCUACUGACUCAGAUUCAGAGGAUUCUGAGACAGACGAUGACAAGUACGAACCUUCUGAAGCGGAGUCAGCCUCUGAUUCGGAUGAUGAAGACAGCGACAGCGAAUCAGUGGUGGAUUCUGGCGAGGAUGAGGCUAUCUCGGCUGGCUCAGAUGACGACGACGACGACGACGACGCUGCCGAGUCAUGGGACGAGAUGGAGCGCAAGGCGAGGGAUGCCGACAUGGAGAUGGGCAGCGAAUCCGACAGCGAAGACGAGAGGCAGCGGCGGAGGGAGAAAGCAAAACGGCAGUUGAAUCCCCAGCAGUCCAAGGGUGUUCCCCAGAAGAGGCAGCGUGUCAACUGAAGGCUAGAUUUCGGUUCCUCCUAGCAGUAGUAGUAGUUUCGAUUUCACUGCGAGUUUUUAUCCAUGCCCUUUUGGCGUCUGUCGUCUCCAGUAGUGGUGUUGACUUAUUGCUAUAUACUUCCAGCUAGCGGUUUUGCAUAUUUCGAAGACUAAAGUUCUAAAUAUAUGCCCCUAUCAUUUCUAACACGUCAUGUUUUCUGCU